AUGUCGCACCAACCGCCAUGGGACUACAUCGCGAAGCUCGUCUGCAUUGGUGAUUCUGGCACCGGCAAGUCCAGCCUCACGAUCCGGCUGUGCGAAGGCCGCUUCACUACUACCCACGAUGUCACCAUCGGCGUUGAGUUCGGCUCGCGCAUUGUCCCCGUUGGACCCCCAGCCAGCAACGCCCUUGAUACUGUCUUGAACGACGACUCCCAGCCCCAGCCCAAUCUCCCUAUCACUCCUCUCUCCGAAGCCUUGCCCUCCAAACACUCCACGCGGCCUGCGACCCCAAUCGGCACCGAUGAGGACCCUAGCAAGCCAUCUGGUCUCCCUCCGCCUCCUCAGAAGCGGAAACCCGACCCGCCUGCCGUCCAAAAGCGCUUGAAGCUCUCGCUCUGGGACACCGCCGGCCAGGAGACAUACAAAUCAAUAACACGAUCCUACUUCCGCGGUGCGUCAGGCGCCCUGCUCGUUUUCGACAUCACCCGCCCAUCGACCUUCUCCUCUCUGUCCGCCUGGUUGCAGGACUUGCGUCAAAUCGCCGAGGAAGGCAUCGUUGUCGUCCUCGUCGGCAACAAAUCAGAUCUUCUGCCCCACAAAUCCGCGAACGGCGCUGCCUCAGGCGCCGGCACGGCACCCGCUGCCGAGGGCGAGCACAUCACGCGCACUCAGGCAGAGGCGUGGUGCAAGGCCAAUGGCGUGGUUCGUUAUGUCGAAACAAGUGCGAAAUCCGGCGAGAACGUGGAGCGCGCGUUUCUCGAGGUCGCGGAGCGGAUAUAUCGAAAUAUCGAGGCCGGCCGGUAUGAUUUGAAUGAUCGUCGCAGCGGCGUGAAGGGCUACGGCAGCACGAGCGCGUCAAGGAAUGCCGCCGGAGGUGGAUUACAGAGAACAGUAACGCUAGGGGUUAAUGAUGCGAUGGGAAGGAGAGGAGGCGGCUGGGCGGGAGGUUGUUGUUAA